AUGGUGGGCGGACUGGAACCGACAGGGACGGUCACAGAGGAAACCCUGCGCCUGAUGAGUGCUCCUCGCUGUGGGGUGAGGGACAAUUUCCACGGCUCCUCUGCCACAAACUUCUCAGACCACCACGUAAGAAGCAAACGCUACAUCAUGCAAGGAUCCAAAUGGAAGGUGAAGGAUCUCACCUACAGGAUAACCAAGUAUCCUUCCAUGCUGUCUAAGGCAGAUGUCGACAAGGAAGUCUCCAUAGCCUUACAAGCGUGGGGAGACGUGUCAGGGCUGACCUUCCAGAAGAAGAAUUCUGGGAAGGUAAACAUUGAGAUUCGCUUCGUGAGGCUUGAUCAUGGGGACGGGGACCCAUUUGACGGUCCAGGGGGCGUGCUGGCUCACGCCUUCUUCCCCAUGUAUGGCGGAGACGCCCACUUCGACAGCGAUGAGUCCUUCACCGUCAACUCGUACAGCGGCACCAAUCUGUUGCAGGUGGCGGCGCACGAGUUCGGCCACUCGCUGGGUCUGGCUCACUCUAAGGUCAGCAAUUCUCUCAUGGCUCCCUUCUAUAAGGGUUACGAUCCUAAUUUCGCCCUCCACAGCGACGACAUAAAAGGUAUCCAGGCGCUCUACGGCAAGCCUGGGAGCAGUCAGAGAACCGCCAGUGGGUCUGGGGAGAGUGGCGGGCAGGAGGAAGGCUCCGGACCAAGCGGUGACUUGUGUAAUAAUGAAAGCAUCAACACUAUGUUUACCUCAGCCGAGGGUACAGUGUACGUCUUCAAGGGAGACAAGUACUGGCUGCUGACCGGCUCCGGUGUUGCUAAGGGCUACCCAAGACCCAUCACAGACCAGUGGGAGGAGCUGCCCAGUGACUUGGAUGCUGCCUUCACAUGGAGUAAUGGAAGAACAUAUUUCUUUAAGGGCAGCAUUUACUGGCGCUACAGUAAUCAGCAGUUAGAGAAGGGCUACCCGAAGAAGAUAAGCAGCGGCUUCUCCGGCAUUCCCGACUCCCUGGACGCGGCCACUCCCUCCUUCGCAAAUGGCGUCAUCUACUUCUUCAAGGGCUCUCAGUACUGGCGCUUCUCAACAAAGUCGAGGAGGAGGAGUGCGGUCCAGAAGAGCUUGUCCACCUGGAGGGGUCUUCCCAAUAACGUAGAUGCUGCUAUUCUCUAUAAUCAAAACGCCUACUACUUCUUCAAGGGUGGAAACUAUUGGAGGGUGAGUGAGGCGGAAUCCGGUGUGGACGACGACGACCCAGCCUUCCCGCGUCCUGCUGGCAACUGGUGGUUCGGCUGCCAGACCCAGAACACAGCUGGCCUCCAGAUGGUCCCACAGGUCACCAGUGUCUCUCACGACAACUGUGAUAAGUUUGACGCAGUGAACCUAGAUGAGGGGAACAGCUACUAGGGAUACAUUACAACCUAUCCGUCUCAACUUAUCCAAGUUGAUCCUUCAAUCCAGUGUCCUGCGAGUUGGAGAAGCUUAAUCCAGUUGUCUACUGCCUGACUGUCGAUUGACUGAUUGAUUAAGAUUAAGCCACCCAAAAGGUGGCACGGGCAUGAAUAGCCCGUAAGUGGUGGCCCUUUUGAGCCAUUACCAGUAUCAAGAGCUGAUACUGGAGAUCUGUGGAGGUGCUACUGCACCCUGCGUGACGGGAGAUGUCUCCCGUGGCCUGAAUGUCGUGUUGGGGCCGUGUAUAUACGGCCUCCAUAGUCACCCUGCUGCUGGUGUCUCCUCACCCUCUACUCCUGAUUUGCCACUCCGUAAAAAUCCCAAGCUCCUAAUCUUCUUAGAGACUCACAUAUCCAAGGGACCAACCAACCUAAGCCAUCAAGACGACAAGACGAUGCAUAGAAAAUGUAAAUAUUUGUGAGCAGUAACUUUUCUUAAUAGGUUGCAUUCGUACCGUUGGUUACAGUAACGACAAAACACGAUUAAUUAGUUAAGAGAACGUGUUGUACAACGUUGUAUGUCGGCCACUUGUCUAUGCUCGUCGCCGGCUAUUGAUUGUGUCCAAGAAUUGUAGCCGAGACCUGCCUGUACAACUACCUUUAUUUUAUGUCUCUUACCUGCUCCUCACUUCUCCUCUCACUCUGUUACCUUCUUUAUUGGCCCUGUCCCUUUUUCUCUUCUAUCACACCACCUGAUAAUGGUCCAGGAUGGACCGAAAUGUUGGUAUUUCUUCAUUUUCUGAUGUGUGAUUUGGUCACCAUGUGACAUCUGCUGACGAGGGCACUGAUGUAUACACCAAGGGGAGCCGGUCGGCCGAGCGGAAAGCACGCGGGACUUGUGAU